CGUGGAGACCGGUGGAGAGACGCGAGGAGAAUCGGGGGAAUCUGCCGCGCGCUUGUGCAGCUCGCGUUGCUGCGAUAGCCGGAGAGAAGCCGCCUUCCCCGAAGCACUGAAACCCUAGAAGCGAGCCCGGGGGGCAGACUGCGCCCGACUGUCGCCGCGAUAACGCCACUUGCUCCUCGCACCCACCAGAAGCGCGGCAACUCCGAACAGAGAUGCUGCGAGGCGCCCGCGCCGCUGUCUCCUGCUCGCCGCUCCGCGCUUGCACCGCGCGCGUCGUCGGCACGCGGAACCUGUCCGCUGCCGCGGCGGCCGUGGAACCUGCGGAGCCCCGCGUCGUUUCGUCCACAUUUCCGGGCCCCAAAUCGGACGCGCUCAAACGCGAGCUCAACGCCAUCCAGAAUGCCGGGGCCGUGCAGCUGUUCGUCGACUACGCGAAGUCGGCCGGCAACUACAUGGUGGACGUGGACGGCAACGCUUUCCUCGACGUAUACACGCAGAUCGCGUCGCUGCCGCUCGGCUACAACCACCCGGCCAUGGUGGCCGCGGUCAGCGACCCCCGGAACGUUGCCACAUUCGUGAACCGGCCCGCGAUGGGCGUACUGCCGCCCGCCGAUCUGGUGUCUCGGCUGCAAAACGCGCUCCUCUCUGUCGCUCCCAGGGGCCUCUCGGAGGUGCAGACCAUGGCGUGCGGCUCGUGCUCCAACGAGAACGCGUACAAAGCCGUGUUCAUCAGCCACGUCGCCAGGCAACGCGACGGAAAGCCACCGACGGCCGAAGAGCUGCGCUCUUGCAAGUAUAACGUGCCGCCCGGCAGUCCCCGCCUGUCGCUCCUUUCCUUCGACGGCGCGUUCCAUGGGCGCACUUUUGGCGCGCUCAGCACCACUCACUCCAAGGCCAUCCAUAAACUAGACGUGCCGUCAUUCGACUGGCCUAUCGCGCACUUCCCGGAGUACAAGUACCCGCUCGAAGAGUUCGAGUCCGAGAACAAGAAAGAGGACGAGAAGAGCCUGGCGCACGUCGAAGAGCUCUUCCACGAGUACCGCAAGAAGGGCAUCCCCGUGGCGGGACUAGUGGUGGAACCGAUCCAGGCUGAGGGAGGCGACCGACACGCGUCCGACGAUUUCUUUCGAAGGCUCCGAGCCCUCGCCGCCAAGAACAACGUCUUGUUCAUCUGCGACGAAGUGCAGACGGGCUGCGGUCCCACCGGAAAGUUCUGGGCCCACCAGCACUGGGGUCUUGAGGACUCUCCGGACGUAGUGACCUUCAGCAAGAAAAUGUUGACUGGCGGAUACUUUUACAAGCCGCACGUCCGUCCCAAGGAGUCGUACCGCAUCUUCAAUACUUGGGUGGGAGACCCAACCAAACUUCUGCUCAUCGAAGAGGUCCUCAAGGUCGUCAACACUGAAAAACUCCUCGAGAAUGUUAGGGACACAGGAGAGUACAUGCAGAAGGGCCUCAAGGACAUCAGCAAGCGACACCCUAACACAUUCUUCAAUGUCAGGGGACGAGGAACCUUCUGCGCCGCCGACUUGCCCUCGGAAAAGGAUCGAAACAAGUUCAUUACGGAAAUGCACCACAAGGGAAUUCACUGCGGAGGCUGUGGAGGACAUAGCUUCCGCAUCAGGCCUGCGCUGACUUUCCAGAGGAAGCAUGCGGACAUACUGCUAGAUCGUAUUGAGAAAGUGCUUUCUGAGAAGUUCUGAACUUCUGCUGCCACAGUUGCUACUCGGAUUCCAAGAAAUGUGUGAUAACACACAAGCUGUCCUAUUUAACUGACCCCAUAGCGCAAGUAUAUAUUAACGAGAAGAUAGUACUGCUAGUUUCUGCUGCAUGAUUAUCGCUCUACUGGUGGAGAUUGGCUAACUCACAGGGUUCCCAAACAUUGAGAUAAAGACCAAUUAAUAUUGUGUGCAAUUGAAUUUUCACAAAUGAGUCUAAAAUACCUCACAAAAUGAUCUCCUUAAUGAAACACACUGUGCUUCCAUUUUUAGUGGCUUGUUGAGAUUUUAUGUGUAUAGCACCGCUGUUGCAAGCUGCUAACCAAAAGUGUACACGGAUGGCCAAUUUUUCAAUGCACAAGUGUCCUUCUUUUGUUGCUAAUUAUAUCGAUGCUGUUUUUACAUCUACUCUGUUUAAAUGACGUGCUAUAUUUGUAAGUAUGCACAAAUAAUUUCAGACAAUUGUACUCACAUUCAAAUGCUACUGUAUGAAAAGAGAAAUAUUUAGAGUAUGCAGAACAUGCCAUAAAUGUGUUGUGGUGGCUCACUGUAAAAGUGAGCCACAAUUACAUGGGCAGAACAAAAUUGUUUUGUUGCAACAAUGCCAGAGCUAGAGUUUAUUUACACCUCUCCAUAAGCUUCAAAGAAUAUUUUAACCAUGUUACUUUUAUACACCUCAGAAGUAUCGACGUAUCUUAAAAUAUUCGCUUUGUUUUGGGAAUAUUAUAAUUUUUGAGGGUCUAGGCAGUCUACUUUGCAAGUGCCUGCUGCUUCAAGUGCUAAUAGAUAUGAGAUUGUGAGAGAUGUGUUAUUUUCUAUUACAUCUGUGUUUUCUCAUGCAAUAGGUCAUCAAAGAAGUGUUGUAUAAGCAGACUUUAGAUCUGUGUGAAAAUUUAGGCAUGUGCAAACCUACAGUAAUAUUUCACGGCGCCCCUAGCAAGGGCUCAUUUUCCUUGAUCAUGAAAUUUCAUGUCCAGAUGUGGCUUCUUUAAACUACAAUGUAUGGUGUGAUCCAAAAGUAACAGUGAAAGCAAAAGUUAACAAUUGGUAAAAUACACACCAUAGCAAGAUGCUGCUUUCACAGAAAUGCACACAAAAGCACUGCACUUUCUUUUCAUACAAAAAUAUGUGUUACAUUUGUCACUAAAAUGUAGCGCUGUUGCAGCCUCAAAGUACUCUCUGUAGCUCCUACCUGUCUGUACAAAGUACUGACACAACUAAAGCACCACCUACCUAUUAAUGACAACUGUAACAUCUUUAUUUUUAAAAUCCCCAUGUUUCUCUCUGCAUGUCUGUGAAAACUGAGCCUUGUUAUGGUCUAUACUUUUAAUUGUUACUUUUUCUAGUUGCAACAUAACGUCCACAAGCAAUAUAGCCGGGGAACGGAUAUGGAAAAUUUAUUUUGUCGUGCGCUGGCUUCAUGUGGUUCUAACAAGAAAUUUAGCCCCUCAGUUUCCUUUAUGUUUUCUGCUUUUGGAUCACCCUGUAUGUUUGUCAAACACAGUGUGAUCAUGGAUGAGAAAAGUACUGUAUAUAUUCAUCAAACUGUUUGGCAGGUGAACGUAACCUAAAUGAACCCUGCAUGCAUGCUCCUUAUUUGAGGGCCAUAUGCAUAAAUGUAGAAAGCAUUUAAUUAAGUGUGUAUUGACUGAAAAGCAUUUGUCAUUUUUAACAGAUGUGUCCUUUUCAACCAUGUUACUGCAGACAAAGUGGUUGAACUUUAUGAAGCUUCAAAAAAGAGGCAGUGCAUGCAUUGCCGGUCAGAGGGCCAAUUGUAACAUGUUUCAAAUACGUGUUUCCGACUGUUUCGAAACCUGCACUGUCCCACAGAGUAGUGCUGCAGUUUGUUGCAAGUCGUGUAUUUGAUGGUACCUAUGUUACUAGCACGCAUUCUUAUGACACAUGUGAAGCGUGACACAUUUGUCUGUUGUUGCUGUUGUUAAACUGAGCUUCCCACUUGAACGGUAUAACGGGCGCUAUUGCCAGGGUGAAGAUUCUGUGAGCAGCUCAUCCUGUUUUUCCAUUUUUUAAAGCCUGUCGGCAGAGAUACUAUACAAUGACCUGCCUAUACAGGCUUUAAAGCUGAAUGUAUUCUACGCUCACAAAGAAAUACUGGGCACUCUUGCACCUUUUGUGUGUGCUGUUUGAGAAGACAUUGAAUAAGUGACCCAGGAGGCUGCCAUAGCUGGCCACACUUGCUGCGUCGUCUGCCUAUAUCUACAACUCACUCGACUCCCCCUGUGUAACGUACAGUGACAUGCAAUAAAGUUAUUUAUAUGCAGUG